AUGUUGCAUCCAGUUAAUUCUAUUCGUCAAGAUCAUCCAUUAUGUUCAAAUGGAAAUAAUCAAAUUGAAACUAAAGACAGAAAAUUCCAUUUAGUUAUGCAACCAGAUGGUAAUCUUGUUAUUUAUUCAGGCCCACACUAUCCAGCAAAUUCAUUAUGGGCUAGUAACACUGAUGGUAAAGGCCAUGGUCCAUAUAGAUUAAUUAUGCAAGGCGAUGGUAAUCUUUGUAUUUAUGAUUCUCACUCAGUCUGUACUUGGUCAUCUGGUACCCAUGGUCAAGGUAUCAAAGGUAACUACUCUGCUAAAUUUAGAAAAGGUCAAUUACUCGUUUUAGAUACAGCCAAACAAAUUAUGUGGACCUCAAAACCAUCAAACAAAUCAAAUCUUUUAUUAGGUUCAUCCGCUUGUGCACCAUCACCAGCCUUCCCACACCAUCAACCAGUUGUCCCACAACCAGUUAUUCCACAACCAGCUUACCCACACCACCAACAACCAGGUUUCCCAUCAGGUUAUCCAGGUAGUGCCUAUCAACCAGUUUCACCAUAUUCACAACCAGCUUACCCACAACCAGGUUAUCCAUCAUUUACUGCAACAAAAAAAUGGUAA